UCAGUGGUCAAGGUGAUGACCUUGCCCGUGUGCUGAUGAACUACUUUACAGAUGAGGAAGACUUAUGCAUGCAUUCAAGACCUGGAGCGAAUAAUGCGUGCUGGCAAACAACACCUGGUUCACAACAAGAACCCUUGCCUUGGUGCGAAUGUGCAGUGGGCCAAGAGAAAUGUCCACCAUUCAAUUUCUCCGUGUCCUAUCUGAAGAACAAGAAAGAGCACACCCUGUACAACCUUUCAGCUCUCAACCUCGAAGAGUACUUAAUCAGGCCUUUGAACAAAGCAAGGUUUGGAGGCUGGUCUUUUGGAGAGAGACUGUCCACUGAACCACAGAUCAGAAAAGGAAGGAAGUCACACUACAUGCCCGUGGCUAAAGUAUGGUAUAAUCAGAAAGGAUUCCAUGCAUUGCCUUCUUACUUAAACCAACUGAACAACUUUAUUCUAUGGAAGAAUCUGCCUUCAAAAGCGGACUGGAAACAGUAUGGAAUCACUCUGUACAGUUGCCCAUAUGGAGGAGCAUUGCUGGACGAAGAUAAAAUAAUGGAGAAUGUCCGUCAGUGUGGAGUGGCACUCUGCAUUGUACUGGGGUUUUCAAUCCUUACUGCCUCCAUUGGAAGCUCAGUUGUUAAAGACAGGGUGUCCGGUGCAAAGCGACUGCAGCAUAUGUCUGGACUCGGCUACAAGACGUACUGGUUCGCUAACUUUCUUUAUGACAUGUUGUUGUAUCUGGUCCCCGUCGGCCUGUGCGUUGGCAUUAUUACCGUCUUCCAGCUAUCAGCCUUCACUUUCCGCGACAACUUGGCCGCCGCCGCUCUCCUGCUGAUUCUCUUUGGUUACACAACUCUUCCGUGGAUGUAUCUUAUGUCACGCUUUUUCACCAGUUCGGACAUUGCGUUCAUUUCCUACAUAUCCUUAAAUUUUGUCUGCGGUCUCUGCACUAUGCUGGUGACCCUCUUGCCUCGUUUAUUAGCGGUGAUUUCUAGAGGACAGAGCUUUCAGAAUAUCUACAACAUCCUCAAGUGGACUUUCAUCAUUUUCCCUCAGUUUUGCUUAGGCCAAGGAUUAAUCGAACUUGCCUAUAACCAAAUUAAGUUUGAUCUGACCAGCAACUUUGGAAUCAAUUCUUACGUGACUCCUUUCGAGAUGAAUUUCUUGGGCUGGAUCUUCACAGAAAUGGCCCUACAGGGUACGCUUCUCCUCCUGCUACGAAUCCUACUGAACUGGGAUCUACUCCAAAAACCAAGGGGCCAUCGCCAUACCACCAAUGCCUUUGUCCCUCCUUCCGAAGAUAGAGAUGUAGAGCUGGAGCGAAAAAGGCUUUUCGGAGGAGCAAAUGCUAGUGACCUCCUUCUGCUGUACAAUCUCCAGAAGAGUUAUCAGGGUUUCGGCAAGAGGAACACGGCUGUGAAAGGCAUCACACUGGGGAUACAGAGAGGAGAGUGUUUUGGCCUCCUCGGAGUGAACGGAGCGGGGAAAAGCACCACGUUCAAGAUGUUGACUGGAGAUGUCAUUCCGUCAGCAGGACGUGCAGUUAUCCAGACUUCUGCCGGAUCUGAAUUGGACAUUUUGUCUGCCCUCUUGCAAGGCGUUCGGAUUGGCUACUGUCCACAACAAGAUGCCCUUGAUCCCCUUUUAACAGGCUGGGAACAUCUCUACUAUUAUUGCAGCCUUCGUGGAAUUCCCAAGCGGCAGGUCCAUAAGGUGGCUGGAGAACUAGUUAGUCGGCUGCACCUGGAAGCCCAGGCUAGUGAGCUGGUGAGGACCUACAGUGGUGGGACCAAGAGGAAGCUGUCUACAGCCUUGGCUUUGGUUGGCAAGCCCCACGUCCUUUUGCUGGAUGAGCCAAGUUCUGGAAUGGAUCCCUGUUCAAAGAGGUUCCUUUGGAAUACAAUCAAGAUGGAAGUCCAGGAUGGCUGUGCUGCUAUUCUGACAUCCCACAGCAUGGAAGAGUGUGAAGCCCUUUGCACACGUCUGGCUAUCAUGGUAAACGGCAGUUUCAAGUGCCUCGGCUCUCCCCAACAUAUCAAAAACAGGUUUGGUGAUGGCCAUUCAGUCAAGGUGUGGCUCAGCAAAGAAACCAGCAACCACAAUGCCGUCACGGAAUGUCUGCGGCUCCAUUUCCCUGGCACGCUUUUCAAGGGACAGCACGUUAAUCUGUUGGAGUACCACGUGCCGCAAAAUUGGGGCUGCCUAGCAGAGCUUCUCGCAGUCUUAGAGAGCAACAAAACAUCAUUGCAGAUCAAACAUUAUUCCAUUAGCCAAACCACUUUAGAACAGGUAUUUAUUAACUUUGCUGCCGAAGACCAAGAAGAUUCGAACUCAGCACAGGGAUCGUGCCCCAGUCAUGACCCUCACCUGCCGUUAUGACCUUGAGGGAGGCUACUGUUCAAUACACCAUGAGACUUUUCUGCUUGACCAAAUAGGCAGGCUGGGAGGAUGACAUGUUUCUUCUUGUUGACAGGAUCCAGUUUUUGGACAAAAGAAACAUUAGGAAAUUUAAGAGCAGCUUUUUAGUGGUGAAAGAUUACAUGGUUUUGGUGGAGGGGAGCUAAAAUAACUCCUUUUU